UGCCCUAGGCUAGAAGUUCCAAUGGGUGAUGGUGUUCUCGCGGUGGAGCGCUUCGCUGAGGCGAGGGCUCCCGAGCUUGAAUCGCUCUUCGCGGCGCUGCAAGGUUCCGGUAAGUCCAGCGAUGGGCUGGCGUCCAUCAAGCGCAGGACCAAGAGCCACAAUCGCCGCAAGCACCGCUUCUGGAACCACCAGGAGAAGAAAUCCAAGAAGAAGGCGAUCAAAGAGAAUGGUAGCGCCAAUGCCAGUGCCAAUGCCAAUGCCGGGGACAAGGAAGAUGGAGUGGUGGAAGGCGAGGAUAAGAAGAGGAAGAGGGAGCUCAAGGUGGCUUCCUUGUCUAGGCGUGUCCGGAGACGAGUAGAGCUUCAAGACGUGGUAAAAGGGAAGGGAGGCUCUUGCAAAGAUGGAACUCGACGCCUUGUUACUCAUGUGUGGCAUGCCAAGCGCUUCUACAUGGCCAAGCGCUGGGGAUACUGGCUUUCCAGUGGCAUCCCUGGAAGGGGACGAUGCGCAGCGACUGUGUUGAGAUGGGCUGAUCGUGGAGCUGUGCUGCACGACGCAAGCUACUACAGCGCUAUCCAGCUCGAAGGUCCUCAAGAGGAGUUGUCACGAGUUUUGGGACUGGUUUUGGAGCCACUGGCUGGAAAUGUCUCUGGUGUGCCAUGCUACGUGAUCGCUAUGGCUCAUCACUGUGGGAAGGUGCCGCUGUCUUGCAUUGCUCCUGUCAAGGUGGUCUUUUGUGCGGACCAUGAGAAGCUGUGGAUCUUCGUUCAUGCAGCUGCAUUUGAUGAGGUCUUCGAGGCUGUGCAAAACGCUUCCCAGGGCAUUUCUAGUGUUACGUGUAAGUCGAGGAAAGACGAGCUUGCUACUUUGGAGAUUUUUGGGAAAGAAACUUUCCAACUUCUGGAUAAAGUGAUGAAACCUGGGUCUGAUGGCACGUCUUCUUUUGAAGGACUUUUGAGCAAACUUUCAAAGCAGGCAUGUGUAGAGCUGGAAGUUUGUGACCCUCGACAUCGUUUCCUUUUAGAGAGCGAUCCGGCUGUCCCUGUCGAGAACGAAACGACGAGAAACGAGCCUCCUGUCCCACAAGUAGAGGAGACUAUCAACAAUCUGGACGCAACAUACUGGCGAGCUGUCAUGGAUCAACAACCAAAGGCCGAACAAGGCAGCACUUCGAGACUAUGGGGUCCGUCCAGUGCUGUUGAGCCUCCACCAUCUGACAAGACCGUAAACAAAAGGCAGCAAGCUCAUCGCUUGUCCCACUUUCGCUUGGAAACCAAGGACGCGGAGCCUCCCUCCUGGAAGAAAUGUCCCAUUUUGCUGAUGAAAUACCAGCAAAAAGCCUUGAACGGGUGCUGGCUUGUUCUUCCCAAGAGCUGGGUCCACGCAUUCUGGAUGUCGCUAGUGCUUGCUGGAGCUCGUGUGAUCGGUCAGGCAGAACGACGCUGGAUCAUGACGCACGGAGGGAUAUCUUCAUUCCCGCACGACUUUCCAGACUGUCUGGCGAACAAAGAACUCUCAAACCAUGAUAGAGACGGCGAUGAAGAGAUGGAACAAAGUCCAAUGCCCGUGGAUCGAGAGGAGAGCAAAGUCUCGCUGUUUGUCCCGCGAACGGCGCUUGUGCUCUCGGCGUAUCUGCAAUUACACGAUCUAACUCUCUCCCAGUUCAAGCCAGUGACUGCUACUAGCUGGACCAUGCCUUCCACACCCGGAGCCUGCUACCUCAAGGUGAUGAUCCAGCCUGUGCGGAAGGGUGUUCCGGAAGAAGGCUGUCUUCUCUAUGCUCCAACUUUGCAAGACUUCCAUGGGUGGCUUGACAGAGCGCAGAAGUGGCAAGGUUUGGAAAUUGAGAACCAGGACGGAAGUGAGAUCCGGGACAGGAUUGGUUUCGUUACUUCAGCACCUCCAUGGCGAAGUGGAGACGCGGCCAUCGCGUUUUGCGACGCCAGCCAACUUUGCAAGCUCCGGCAUUGGCAAGAAGCUGAAUCCGCUGAGAGCUUUGGCAAGGACGCCAAGGGGAUUCUUGUGUUCUUUCACAAUCCGAGAUCAUCCAGGCUCAGGCCGGCAUUGGCAUUAGUAAAUCUAGAGCUCGAAAACUAACCAAGUUGGUUCAUCGUUGGAACUUUCUCGGCUCUGGCACACGCGAUCUCACGAUUCAAUGGGAAUUUUCUCGACCCCA